CCUAUCAUUCUUAUUUUCACUCACAUUCACUUCACUAUCUUCUCUUUUACCAUUUCUGCAAUCACAGCGCGUAAACCCUAACCCGAUAAUCCAUGGCAACCAAACCCACAACCAGUUCAUCCUCCGCCGCAUCAACCUUUUUCAAGCCCGGAUCCUUAGUUGAAAUCAGCAUCUACGAAAAUGGAUUCCGUGGUUCAUGGUUCACCGGAAAGAUUGUCCGUUGUCAAGGUGACGAGUUUGUUGUCGAGUAUGAGAAAAUAAUGGCGGAUGAGGAGGGAACAAAGGCCCUCCAAGAAACUGUUAAGGAAUUCCAGCUCCGUCCGGUUCCCCCCAAGGAGAUCAGCCGGGACUUCCAACCUGGUGAUGAAGUUGAGGCUUAUCACAACGACGGUUGGUGGGAGGGUUCCAUCUGCGGAUCAUUAGAGGACGGUAAGAGUUACGUCUAUUUCGGAAAUACGACACAAGAGUAUCCCGACGAACAACUGAGGCGCCACCAUAAGUGGAUCGGUGGAAGUUGGAUCCCACCAUUUCCACAACAGGAUGAAAAUGAAGUGAAGAAAACGGUGAGGGUGAAGGCUUCUGAAAUUCUGAGUGGAGACAAUGUGGAGUUGAUGCUCAAACCAGGGACAUUGGUUGAGGUCUGCAGUGACGAAGAUGGUUUAAAAGGGGUUUGGUUUUCUGCAACCCUUGUUGAGCCUAAGGCGGGAUGGAGGUUCGUGGUUGAGUACGAUAGCCUGCUCGAUGAUAAUUAUUCAGACCUCUUGAGAGAGGAAAUCAGUCUGCUUCAGAUCAGGCCUCGUCCACCAAAAACUGAUGAUGUUGAUCAGUUUAAGUUUCUUGAUGAAGUGGAUGCUUACUACAGAGACGGUUGGUGGGUUGGGGUUGUUUCGAAAGUUCUUGGAGACUCCAAAUAUGUUGUUUAUUUCAGGAACUUCAAUGAAGAAAUGGAGUUUCAACAUUCCCAGUUGAGGCUGCAUCAGGAUUGGGUGGAUAACAAAUGGGUAAUGGCUUCUAAGGGGUUGAAGUUUUGAAUGCUGGAAGUUGGAGGAAAAUUCAGGCGCCAUGGAAUAAUGAAAAUAAAAUAUGUACUAUUUUAUAGUCGGUUCUUGCUAGCCAAUGUUUGAAGUUGUAGUUCUCAUGGAUCAAAACUUUGGACUCUUUGUUUUUAAGUAUUUAUAAGAAUAAAUAUGUUGUAUUAUAAACUCCAAUAAUUUAAUUAAAUGGUAAAAAGGUUGGUUUUUGAGUUU